UCAUUCAUACUAAAAAUUUGAGACGGAUGCGAUCUGUUUCUAAAAGUGUCGGGUUUCAGUACACACAUAAAUAUUCGAUCACAGGUAUUCACGGAUGUAAACACUAUAAAGUUUGAAUCACAGAGCUGUAUUUGUGUAGAUUAUCCGCCUGUAUGUAUAACGUGAUAUGCUUAGAAGAUGACACCUUCCUGUGCAAGCACCAUACAUGUAUUUUGUUCCUGUCAUAUGAACCGAAAAUGUAGGAUAUUAUUUUUUAUGAUCGUUUUUGCGCCGUUUUUCCUAUUUGUAACAGUUUAUUACAACUGGCCAGUUUUUCAUGUGUUCAUAAACCAAGAUAUAAUGAGUCCUUGUGUUCUUCCGCAGUUCGACUUUUACGAUUCAUCCAUUGCUAAUUUCUUCUGGAAGCCGGAUCCAGUUAAGUGUGAACCAUGGGAUGCUCUUAUGUUAAUAGAUUCAGAUGGGAUGUUACAAUUCAAUAGUUCUGCAGUUAAGGCGUCGGGAUAUGAUGAUUUGAAGUGUGUCUACAAAAAAGUAGUUCGUGUCGGAGACUUCAAUGUAACAUUUACUGAAGAGACGGUAUUCAAGAAACCAGUUUACAUACCUCAUGAUAUUAUAUAUGUACAAUGUAAACAGAACGAUAAAUUAGUUUAUGACAACCUUCAUUUUCAUAUAGAUAAUAAAUCAAUUUUACAACAAAAAAAUUUAGGAACCGAAAAUCAGGACGAAUUAAGUAUUUAUAUGUUUGGAUUAGAUUCUUUAUCGCAUUUACUUGCUGAACGUAAGAUGCCACUGACUAUGAACUAUCUAAGAGACAAUCUUGGUGCGUAUAUUUUAAACGGCUACACAAAAGUAGGUGACAAUUCGCACCCGAAUUUAGUUGCCCUGUAUACUGGGACUACAGGAGGCAGCGAGUUGCCGGGAGUAAAUAUAGAUACAAUGCCUUUUGUGUGGAAGAAUUUCUCCGCUAAAGGUUAUGUUGACAUGUAUUGCGAAGAUUGGCCAAGUAUUGCCACAUUUACUAACUUCACUGUUCCGCCAGCCCAUCAUUAUUUUCGACCAUUUUUUCUGGCAGCAGAAAAAAUCCGCACGCAAUCAAUACGUAAUGUUAGAAGAUUGUUGCUAUUUUUAGAACAUCAUAACUUCAGAUUAAAAGAUGUUUCAUUUUUAUGUUUUGGCAACACACCGAAGCAUCAGCUUGUUAUAGACUAUUAUAAAAGAUUUAUCGAAUCCUAUGGGAACAAGAAAAAGAUCGCAGUUUCAUUCUUGAAUGAGAUUGGACAUGAUUUUCUUAAUUUCUAUGAGCAUGGUGAUAGAGACACAAUGAAAUUGUUCAAGUGGAUGAAAGAAAGUAAAAAACUUGAUAACGGCGUUAUCGUUCUUUACGCAGAUCAUGGACCGAGGUAUAGCGAAAUUCAAAACACUGGUAUAGGUCGUGUAACCAGCAUGAUGCCAACUUUAGCAAUAUAUAUACCUAAACAAAUACGGGACCGUUUUCCGCAUUUACAUGCAAAUUUAAUGAAAAAUACAGAAAGACUCACAACACCAUUUGACGUACACGAAACGUUAAUGGAUAUCUUAAAUAAAAAUUUCCAGGUUCAAAAACCAGUUGAUAUUCGUAAAAGUAUCCCAAGAGGUAUAAGUCUCUUUCGGGAAAUUCCGGAAAGCCGAAGCUGCAAUCAGGCAGGAAUUCCCGAACAUUAUUGUCCAUGUUAUUCAUCAAAAUUAAUUAAUAUUAAAGAUCCUGUGGUAAGGGAGGUUUCUUUAUAUAUUGUCGAUAAAAUAAACCAUAUUCUUGAACAUGAUUUACACCGUUGUGCCAAAUUGACAUUAAACACAACACAUCGCGCUUCGCUCGUGAAAUCAAACUUUGUGCGCGACAAAGCUGUAGAAGAAUGGUCGUUACGAACGUUUGUCUAUACCUCCUCAGAAGACAGACGGUAUCUUAUAGCAUUAGAUACUUUCCCAAGUAAGGGUAAAUUUGAAGCUACUGUUCAAUAUAAUGGCAAAUCUGAUAUGAAACUGUUAGGGGAUAUAAGUAGAAUAAACAAAUACGGAAAUCAGUCGAGUUGUAUACCAGACAUUCGUGAUCAACUAAAACUAUACUGUUUCUGCAUAAAAUAA